UCGAUUUGCUGUCCUUUAGGAAAUCGGCAAAUGGGAGAAUGAAUAAAACGGUGCUGUGUUUGUUCAUGUGUUUGAACAUGGCCGCUUUGUGCCGAUGUUCACACGUGCUUUACAAGAGUAGAGUCAUAACACUGAACGUCGUAUCAUCCGAUUGCAACACACCUGUGAAUGACGUCACGAUCAAGUGUCCAACAGGUGAGAGUUUGCGGAUGCGAAGUACGGGGCUCGGUAACUACCAAAUAUUGACGAAGAAAUUUCCCAUCAAGUUGGAGCUGUCAAAAUUUGGCUUCAUGACCCAAACACUGAUUGUUAGAAGCAAGAUGACGAUGGUGCAACUUCGAUGCGUUGGAGCAGUAUGUACUGCCAACACCGUUCGAAUCUCUGUGUCCUCCUCCUGUUCAAAGGCCGUUACGAACGUCAAAAUUGAAUCCCAGAAUGAGCAGAUUAAGGCACUGACGUCGCCUUCUCCAGGAAUAUAUGACGUCAGCGUGUGUUCAUUCCCGGUUACGCUGUCGUUCCAGAAAAGCGGGCUGGUCGGUCAGACUAAGAUAUUUGCUGGAACAAUGGGCAAUGUGGAACUGCUAUGCAAGGCUGCCCCGCUGUUGCUGGAGCACGUUCAAAGCAAGGUCCGUUCACUCGGCGAUGACGUCAAAUUUUGCUGUUGGGCUGACAAAAUGCCAGAGCUUACCUUUGAUCCUUUCAUGUGGUUUUUCAAUGGGAACCCAAUCCCAGGUGAGGAAGCCAUGCAGUUAGAAAUUACCAACAUCGAGGCAUCAAACGCCGGCUUGUACUCCUGCAAAGCAUCUAUUACCGUUGACGGCGUCACAGAAGCUGUGAUGUCUGAGGGGGCAUCUUUAACACUCGUGGGUGAUGAAAACGACUUCAACGGCGAUUUAUUGAGCAACAUGGUGAUGAUUCUCGAAGGCCCGCCUGUUUGUGUAUUUGAUGCACAAUUAUGCAACCCGAGGCCAUGCCAAACAAAUCCCGCUGGCUCACAGGAAUGCAAAGACGACGGUUACGUCUGCCCAGACCAGAUAGAUUUUGUGACGCAUAUGUGUCCCUCCGGUGUAACUCUACAGUUACCAAGAGUUAUGUCGUGUAAGUGCUGUCAACGUCCAAACGUUGAGUACAAAGGAACGGUUAAAGAUCCGGAUGGAACUGUUCUUUCUGGUAUAAAGCUUACCAUCAAGGACCAACCCGGUACACCAACGGAGAAAACCUCAAACGCAGCCGGAAUGUUCUUCGGGAGCGCAAUUCCAGAGAUACGUCGUUUAGUCAUACAGGCAUCGGACUCUACUGGUACGUUCCUGCCAACAACAAAGGUUGUGGACGUCUCACCGGGCGUCAUUGGUCCAAUAGAGGAAAUCAAUGUUGUCAUGUUUCCAUUGGCAAGUCCUGUAGCAAUAGACGCACGAGUUGGAAGUAAUUUAUCGUUGUCUGAUAUGCCUCUCACUCCUGGCGCCGGACUUGGCAGCGUUAUUAUACCUGGUGGGGUUUUGUUCAAUAUGGACGGCACCCCCUACAAUGGAAUCGCUUAUGUUCAUCUUACCGUCCUUAGUCCUGUGGAUCUGAAUGCAAUUGAUAACGCACCAGGGGAGUUCGCCGUUCUCACUGCUGACGGAAAAAGGACGUUAGUUACUGGUGGUGUCUUCAAUAUCAAAAUAACAGGUCAAAACGGGAUGAACUUGAUUUCGAUGCCAAUUACGGUAACAGGAGCAACAGGCAUGCAUCUGUUUGAUCUGGAUACAUUCGCCGGGGUAUGGCGAACAAGCCCAGGUUCGACAACAACAAGAAGGAAACGUUCUAGCCAUAUUCAGGAGAUUGGAGACCUUGAUAACCUAGAUGCUGUUUGGUACAAUAUAGAUAAGUUCAUGGAGGCCACGGACAAUAUAGAAUGUUGGAUCAAAAUGAAAGUUUUUGAUGCCGCGGCGCCAGAUACUGAACUUCAAGCAGGAGUUGAGUUUAAACCUUACAUCCUUCAGUACACAAAUGAGGACCCACCGAAAGCAAUUAAACCAGGUGCUCUUGUUUACGUGAACCCAAUAAAUGAUAAAUGUUAUCGAGUUGCGUGUGACCAGGAUCCAGAUAACAACCCUUCCACAUUUCUAGUCCUAGGAAUGACAACAAAGUUUUCAGUAGACGGAUUUGAUGUACCGAUCACCCAAACACUAAUGCAUUAAUAGGUCAAGGCUACAGCGUGCUAGCGAAUGGAAGAGCAAGCAUCAAAGCAGAAAUAAAGCCAAGCGUGCCUUUCUAUGCUGGGCAAGAUGAGUGUGUAGCAGCAUCCAUCUUCUUCCAUUUCGAAGCCAAUAUUCCUUCUCUAGGCGAAAAGAAUGAUCCCCCCACUUGUUAUGCUAAAGUUCGGUUUGAAAAACAUGUUUCGGAUAAUGGAUUCUUUGCCCUUAUUGCUGGAGUGAAACUAGUAGGGUUGAGUAUGUAUGACGAUAGCAAAGUAUGUCCAUUUGAAGCCGACCAAAUCGAUGAAGGUGCCGAAUCUAAAGCUUACUGUGUCCAAUAUCGAUGUACAAAUGCCGAUACUACGACCACGCUCACAGUAUCUUUUGUAAACGGAGUGCUCCAGAUGCAGGGUGUAACGUGUGAUCCCCUUGCACCGCUCACAGUGCCAGGCGCGAAUACCCCCAAUCCAACGACGGGCCAUCACGCUGCAUUAAGUACUUGUGAGAAUGAUCCAAACGAAGCACUUUUGGUGAAAUG